AUGUGGCGGCGCACCUAUCUCUUCCUGGUGCUGGUACGGCUGUGGUUCGCGCUAUCACCGAGUUACCUUCACCCCGACGAGAACUUCCAGGGCCCCGAGGUGAUCGCAGGCGAGAUCUACAGCUACCCGGUGAAGCGGACAUGGGAAUUCACGAGCGACAAUCCCAUCCGGAGCGUCUUCCCGCUAUGGCCAGUCUACGGUCUCCCCAUGCUCCUGUUGCGCUGGCUGUGGAUCGGCAGCGGCGAGGACGGCGAAAUACCCCCGAUCGCCGUGUUCUGGACACUGCGCGUGCUCAUGUUCAUCAUCAGCUUCGUGCUCGAGGACUGGGCUAUCCACGAGCUGGUCCAGUCGUCGCGACAUCGGCGGGUGGCUGUUCUUCUCGUCGCCUCGUCCUAUGUAACUUGGACUUAUCAAACUCACACCUUCUCCAACUCGGUGGAAACGCUCAUCGUAGCGUGGAGCCUCAUUCUGAUUGAGCGCAUCUUGGAUACGUCGCAGCAGACAUCUUCUCUUAUGGCGUCAACCCUGCUCGGUCUUGUCACCGUGUUUGGCGUCUUUAAUAGAAUAACUUUCCCGGCUUUUCUGUUGAUUCCUGGACUUCGAUUGAUACCCCACUUCAUGAACAGACCUUUGUCUCUUCUUGUACUUCUAGCGUCUGCACUUUUCACUGUUGCAAUUGCCAUUACACUUGACACAUCCUUCUACACGCCACACUCGAUUACGUGGUCCGACCUAUUGACAAGACCGGUCAUCACGCCGUGGAAUAAUCUCAAGUACAACGUAAUACCCGCCAACCUCGCCCAGCAUGGUCUGCAUCCGUGGUACCAACACCUACUGAUCAACAUACCAAUGCUGCUUGGUCCUGCAGCAGCCUUGCUGUUCCUGCAACCGCAAUUAUCCCUUCGCCUGUACUCGGCUAUAUCGGGCAUCUUCGUGUUGUCCAUAUUCCAACAUCAGGAAGCCCGUUUCUUACUUCCCACAGUACCCCUGAUCCUGUCAUCGGUGCAAUUACCAAGGAGCAACAGAUUAUACAAGAUAUGGCUCGGAGCAUGGAUCGCCUUCAAUCUCGUAUUCGGCCUACUCAUGGGAGUCUACCACCAAGGCGGCGUUGUGCCCGCCCAGGUCUUCCUGAGCAAGCGGCCUGAUGCGACACAGGCCAUCUGGUGGAAGACGUACAUGCCACCAAUAUGGCUGUUGGAUGGCAAGAACGAAGUCCUACGGACACAAGACAUGAUGAGCACGGAGGGGGCAUUGGUGCUCGAGGAACUGGACAAGCUGGCGACUUGCGACGAGCCAGCAGAUCGGAGGAAUAACGAGUAUCUGAAAGAGUCCAACGGGACGUAUUUAAUCGCGCCUUUGUCGGCGAUUUGGCUGGACCCCUAUCUGCCCAAUAAGGGUUUGGAUGGAUUACGGUUCCGGGAAGUGUGGCGGCAUACCCAUCACUUCAACUUGGAUGAUCUGGAUUGGGCGGAGGACGGGUUCUUGCCGACAAUAAAUAGGGUUAUAGGCAGAAGGGGCCUCGCGGCUUGGAGGGUUACGAAGAGUUGCUUGAAGAUAUAG